AUGCCAGUAUUGUGCCGUGCCUACAAUCUUGGUGUAGAUGCCUUGGACGAUGUCUGGGUCGCAGGCGGCUGGGGCGCUGUGACUUGGGCGUGGUGCAUGAAUACAUUAGCGAGAGAGGCCCUGUCAGUGCCACAGUGUUCCGCAUUAGUUGGCCCAAUAUCGAGUUCCGGCAAAUUCAUAAAAGUCACCCACCAAGCCAUAAAUGGUGGACGCGCAAGCUCUGUAUGUCGCAUCCUUUCACAACAAUUGCCUUGCCUGUUUUACAAUUUAUCUCUGUGGUGCUUUGGCCUGACCAUCGUGCCCUGGGAGGACAAGACUGAUAUUCGGUGGGAAGCUAUUGACAAACUCGAUGUGCGAAGUGGUGAGACGACGCUGGCAUGCGUCGAGAGCUUUGUUUUUUGUCAUGUCAUUGUGGCUGAUGACUUCUUUGGAAUCGCGGGGCAGUCUCACAUUACUGCUGAUCCAAUGCCAUCUUUAUUCUGCAUGGUAGAUUACUACGGGCAGCCCGGUGGCCCCCCUGCUUGGGGUGUUUAUGAGAGCGGAAUGCCUAUGCAGCCUCGUCACAGAUUUAGCCGUGACGCUUCCUUUUCAAAACCAGGCUGCGAGAAGUUGUCCCAAUUUGAGGCUUUUUUUGUGCACAUUCUGCAGUGUGAUCAUCGCGAACAAUUGAUCGAUGAUGAUGCUCGGCUCAAGCACCCCCCUACCGACAGCGGUGGUGCUGCUCCUUGCACAGGGAGUGGUAGCCGCAGAGGGCUCAGCCGAGUUCACCUUGAACCUCUUUACCGAUAUAGCGCCUUUGCACAGCAGUACCUCAGUCAAAGCUUCACCUGGCUCGAUCACUUGAUCUUCGCUUGCGUUCCCCUAGGAAUCAUCACAGCGCUCGCGGGCGCUAUUCGCACACGUGGCCCUAGACUCGCCCGAUCAUUUAUUGGUCGAGCCCGAGAGAACCUGGCGACUGUCGAGAUUGGGCUCAUGUCAUCAGUCUCCCAUGAGGUCUGCGAAAUGUUCAACGGAAGUGGUAUCGUGAGAACAUUGGGACGAUCUACGCUGAUGCAAAUCAUCAUAUUUCCGGAUGUGUAUGAUGCCGUCCAGACAGGUGCAUCUGAGGAUCCGUCGUGCGGUAUCCAUACGCUCCAGACAGCGCUUCGGUCUGGCGAUAGAGCGGGAUUUGCUAUGGUUCGGUCGAAGUAUCAAGGGAAAGCCUAUCAACGACUUCAAAGACUCUGGGACCCAGAAAACAUCACAAACAAAGACCCACACGGUCAGCUAGAAGAGCCAUUCGACUUCAAAUGCCCACCAAAUCUUCAGCUGAACGUCUCAACCGGCCAGUCCUCCCGCUCAAGGAAGACAGCUGAGCUGUUUGUAGCCUCCAUUACUGGGAUCGCUCUUCAGCUCUCAUUAUUUGCCAUCGCCGCCGCUGUGGCUUACCAUGAUCGCACUAGCAAGGUGGUCGGGUCUAAGAACCACCCGUACGGAUUUCCUUGUUACACUGCUGGAUCUGUCCUGCUCUGCGUUGGCAUGGCUAUCUGUUCUGCCGCCGUCGAAAGUAGUACUGAUGAGUUUGUAUGGACCCCUUCCGCAAAAGGAGAAGAAGAAUCAAAGCCCGGAGAGAACUCGCAACAAACCCAUGACCCGUUUAUCGUUUGGAUUCAACAAUCUCAAAGUGUGGGUGACCAGACAUUCGACUCUUACGCCAUCCUUGGAGGAUCAAAACCAUACGUCCUGACAUCAACCCGCAGCAAGGACUUGUGGACUGUGGAGAGUUCAAGGAUGCCCUCCCGCACGGGCUCUGCCGAUUCUCAAGACGGCAAAAGGCGCUGGUGGGAGACUAUUACACUCUUGGGCGUGCUCCUUGGUUCUAUGGGAUUUAUUGUUCAAUUCAUCGGCCUAAGAGGACUCCCAUGGCCUGUUGCCGUGUCGCAGCUUCUUGCCAUUUUAGUCAUGGCCCUUGUCAGGGCUGUGAUCCGGCGUGGGGUUGGAAUCAUUCCUUUAGCUUGUCAAGCGUUACCAAGUUACGAGCUUGACUUUGUUGCGACCAGGAUCGUGUUCUACCCCGGCUUUCGCGAAUUUAACGACGGCGAUCCAGCCAAUGAACACUUAAAAAACGACAAAAUCAGAGAGGUGUGCCGGUGGAGGGUCAUAACAGCAAGUGAGGAGCGAAGACUGACGCCACAUACAAACUCCAAGGCUGAACGACUGCAAGACGACACAGGAUCAAGGCAAGAAUCGCGCACACUAGGGCCUCAGGCCGGCUCCAGCCAACAACUUGUUAACGUUCGCGAGAGACUAGGAGACUUGUGCAAAUGGAAAAGCAGCGUAUCUCAGAUGGCAGUUGCUUUGGCCCAGUCAGUGGAGCAUUUCAUGAACAUCUUCUUUGAGAAGCUUGUCUCGGAGGAGAAAGAGUUUGACAAGAUCAUAUGGGUCAUCGAGACCAGUGACCUUUCGGGUGAUGGAAACGACGCUAUAGAGGACACGACUGUUCUCAUUGAGAACAAGAAUGGGAAGUGGAUCGCUGAGCUUGGAAAGAUUGAGGCGAUAAUGUCGCUUUGGAUGGCCAGCAUGCAGGCGGAACAUCUUGACCUCAAGGAAAAACGCGAUACGGCUGACAACCGCUUGAUCCCACAGCUUGGGGAUUGGAGACGAGCCAGCAGCACCAAGGUCAAGUUUGGUAGGAUCGUUGGUGACUUUGGAAAAGGACACAGUACACUGAAGCGUGAUAUCUCGUGGUGGGUUGGCGACCAUAUUGUCUCGGAAUGCCAAGCAAAGCAUGAGGCCUCUCACCAAGGUGGAAUGGACGACUCGGGCCUCUUGAUUGGGUUCGAUACACCCGCACAAGGGAAUCUGCAGUCUCGUGGUUUGUCUCAUCAAAGAAUGAUUCACUCGUCGAGUGCGUCUUUACCAUCCAUCAUGGCACAACAUCUCUUCACGAGUUUCACCUGGGUAAUCUCGGAACGGAUGCCAAAGAACUCGCUACACCAAGGAGAAAGCAAUGCCCAAGAUUUCGUCAAGGUUAAUUCAGACACAACCUUUGAUCCGGAUAACUUGCUUUCCACGUGGGACAAGCCCCGUCUAAGCCAUUCCAAGCUUUCAAGCAUGGCAAAGGAGCUAGAAUCCGCAGGGCUUGGGACAUCAAACGACAUUCUCUUAUGUGUGAUCCCAGCACUAAGUUGUAGGGAUUUGCUCCCCAAUGAGGUGAUACUUGGGCUCAUGCCCUCGAUUUCCCAGGGCAUUCGACAAUAUGGCUGGCAGCAAAUGGCCUGGCUAUACAACCAAUUAUUGACGGUGUGUAGCGGCCUCGAUGGUGAGCAUUUUGCGACGGCAGUCCUGGUGGACACCAUCGAGUUCAUAAUUCUAUGCUCGGAAAACCACGAGUUGAUCGACAAACUUGGGGGACUUCCAGGCUACAUUGCCGAGAAAUUCCCAGAAACUCUGACGCAAUUGGCACCGUGCUACAGGCUGCAGAACCGGCAACGUCAGCUCUACGAGCUUUUCAGGCGCUGUGGGCUCGGUGAUAUUCUCCCGAAAGCCAUGUUACCAGAUCAGAACAUCAUUGAAGAGCAGGAACUUUUUGAUACUCAAAGAUCUCAGAACGAAUCGAUGGAACCCGAUAUCUUCGGAUGGACAUCAUUGCACUAUGUUGCGUCCGUCCCCGCUCAAGAGCGCACCAGGCUUACAGGAAAGUCAUACAGGGCUAUUUGGAAAGACAAGGUGUAUUUGUGCCUGGACAAGUCUCAACGGAGUGCCUUUCACGUUGCGGCUUCUUCUGGUUACCGGGACUUUCUCGCCGCAUGCUUCAACAGUAAUGAGACAGAUGCCCGCAGAAAUGCCAUGCGCACAGGUGGACUGGAUGGCAAGACACCGCUGCAUCUCGCCGUGGAGGGCCAGCACCUUCGUUGUGUUAGGCUGUUUCUCAGGCGCGAGGCACCCUGCGUAGCCGAUAUCUGGGGACGAACCCCUGUCCAUACCGCAGCCCGUAAACGGAACUACGAGAUUGGGAAGGAGCUCUUAGCCCGGUUUCCGGACCCUCUUCAAGUUGACGAACUUAGAAAUACCCCGCUGACCUACCUUCUGAGAGAUGAGAACGACCUGAUAACAGACCAAAGCCGCAGAGGCUUUGCCAAGCAGCUUAUGGAAACGUGGAAGAUGGCCAAAGAUGACGAUGGGAGCGGAAGCUCUCUCCUUCACUACGCGGCCGCUUUCUCUGAUGAACAUGAAGUUGAGAGCCUGGUAGAAGAAUUAGGAAACGUCGACAUUACAAACACACGAGGCCAGAAACCACUGCAUCUGGCUACCUUCGAGGGGAGGACGGCGGUGGCAAAAAAACUCAUCAGUUUGGGGGCACAGGCCGGAAGACUCGAUGACAGAGGCUGGAAUGCAUUGCAUUACGCAGCGGACUGCCGAGGCGCCGAGCCUGAUAUCGUAUCCUUGAUCUUGAAUACUCAAAGGGACACGAUUAACACUACCACCAAGAAGUCGCUCAAAACGCCCUUGCACAUGGCCGCCGCGGCAGGCAAUGCUUCGGCUGCCAUGAUUCUAGCAUCUGAAGGAGCGGAGCUCAACGCUCGGGAUAAGGACGGGGAUACACCACUGCAAUCGGCGUUAAAGAAAGACCAGAAGGAGGUGAUUGACGAAUUGCUGCACUGUUACGGAGCCCUCGACUAUUUGGAAGAAUCCAGAUUAGAUGGCCUUGAUCAUGUUGGCCUGGCUAUCAGACGUUGCAACACGGAAUGUCUUGGGACUGUCCUUCUACAUGCAACAACCACCAUUUCGAUGCGAAUACAUGGUCUGAAGGCCAUGAUCACUGGCCGCGACUGGAAAGUUGACGAUGCGGGGUUGUUUGGCCUUGUCUUGGGGAGCAUCCCGGAGCGGCACCUAUCGAUCCUAGACCUCUACACACUCAUCCAUCUGUUCCCCACGACCACCACCAGUGAUGCCCUUGAUCAAGCAUGGGCAUCUAGACUCCAUAAUCUGGAGGCGCUUAAAGAGGAUCCACAGGCCCUGCACGUUCUGGCCCAGAAUGGGGACAUAAGUACGAUCAGACAACUUCUCGAGGCCGAUGCAGAUGCUUCCCGCCUGGAUGAGGAUAACUGGAUGCCCUCGGAUGUUGCGGACAGAUGCGGUCAAAUCCCGACCGGGGACGUGCUAAGAAAACACCUGGCUCGAAACAACGUUGAUCUUCACAAUAGGCCUCCGUAUCGUGUCCCGGAGAGCAUCCACGAUAUAUACAGACACCCCGACAUCAGAAUAAAAAACGACAGUGACGACCUGGAAUGCUCGCACUCUAUUUCAACUACUCUCACGAACCCGGGGCUUCCAUCCGCCAUGUUCCGCACCCAAGAAUGCAUACCGCCAAAUGUUGCGCACUAUUACUUUGAGGUUAGGACCUGGGGUCAGAGCAAAAUCUGUAAAUUCUACAUCGGUUUCUGCAGCACUGACAUGCCUCGGGGCAGACUCCCAGGUCAUUACCCUGGCUCGUGGUCUUACGAGAUCUCCAAAGCAAUCCUGACUACAUGGGCCCUCGGAGAGAAGCACCCGAGCAGCCAGACAAUUGAGUCUGACGGACAAUAUUUCAACGUGGGAUGUGGAUUGAACAUGUUGACAGGUGAAGGCUUUGUCACCCUGAAUGGGAAACGUCUUAGUUCAGGUAAACACUUUGUCUUCCUAUCAGUCGUCCAAGCUAAUUUGGUCUUAGGAACUGUGUUUGGCGAGCACAAGUUCUCAAAGGGCAAAAUUUACCCUUGCGUGGCCUUUUCCACCGACAGGCCCAGAGGCUUAAUGGGGGCUCGUGUUAUCCUCUCCUCCUCUCAAGACAGCACGUUUCUUUAUACGGGCCCGUACUUCUGA